GCAGCCAUUUUGUCUGUUCGGGCAAGUCUUCCCUGACCGUUGCGAACUGCAGUUCCACCUUCGAAAACAAAUUAAAAUGUGGUUUUGGUGUGUUUGUUUCACAUCAACUAUAAUCUAGGUGUAUAAUAAAAAUCGCACUUCUCUCCUGAGGACUAAGGAGGCCUCCCUAAUUCAAGAUAAGACCGCAAUUCAGCGGGAAAUACGCGGGUAAGCUGAGCCAUGUCGUGUGAAGAAAGCUACUUGGCUAUCAUACGCUAUUUGACGGAUGAACACGAACCAUAUGCGCCGGGGACGCCCGGUAAUACCAAAAGAAAAAUACGCAAAGCAGCGGCCUGCUACGUGGUGAGGAACGGGACUUUGUUUUACCAGCGUCGGCUGAAGGGCCAGGAUGAUUUCACGGAGCUGGAGGUGGUGCUGCGGGACAGCCGGAGGAAGGAACUCAUCAACCAGGCGCACAUUAUAGAGGGAGGGGAGCACCUCAACCAGCAGCUCACCUGGGAAAUUAUCUCUCAGAAGUACUGGUGGAGAGGUAUCCUGAAGAAUGUCAAAGACCACAUCAGAGAGUGCACCCAGUGUCAGAGCAAGCGCAGUGCUGACGAUGGCUCCGGACCUCGACCGUUCUCAAGGCUAGCGAGACGGAAGCUCGGGCCAACGGAGGAAGAGGACGAUGAAGAGGAAGAAGAUGGAGAGGACAGUUUGUUCACAGCAGACCUGACUUCCCAGAGACCCAAGUUGGCCAAGGAGAUGCUCAAGCAUGAAGUGGUAUUUGUUGACAGCAAAGGAGAGGUGAAUCAGUUCCUGCCCAAACACAGCCAAACCAUGUUGGACAAACUCAAUCAGCAGCGUCUCAGUAACCAGUUCUGUGACAUCACGCUGCUGAUAGAAGGGGAGGAACACCGCGCUCACAAAGCUGUUCUGGCUGCAUGCAGCGAAUACUUCAAUGAGCUCUUUUUUGAGAAAGGGGCUAUGACCACCCACGAAGCUGUGGUGGACCUCUCUGGUUUUGCCAAAUCCAGCUUUCUCCCGCUGCUAGAUUUCGCAUACACCUCUGUGCUUACAUUUAAUUUCUGCGUGAUGGCCGACAUCGCCAACCUCGCCAGACACUUGCUGAUGACAGAAGUGCUGCAGAUAUGCGAGUCUGUGCACAAGCAGGUGGAAGAGCAGAAGCUGACGGUGUAUCAGAAAGGAGACGUGCACACCGUGGUGGCGGGACCAAUGGCUGCUCAGGACGCAACGGAGGAGACUGACGCCUACAUGGUGACCAUACAGGGCGACGGGAGCACCGUGGUCACACACAGCGCCGUGACUGUUUCAGGUGACACGUUGGCUUUCAUUGAGCAGCCCACAGAAGCCUCCAUCCAACAGCCAGUGACAGUUCUUACUCAUGCAGUGGAUGGAGACACGGUGCAUACUGUGGAGGCUGGAGAGAGUGAAACUGUGGCCCUGAUCGCUCAUAGUGGGGAGGUUGAGAACGGCGAGACCCUCACUCUCCUUUCGGGAUGUGCCGAGGGGUUGGAGGGCGAGACAAUGACUGUCGUUACACACAGCGGGCAGGCAGGGGCCAGCGAGUCCCUCGCCGUGGUGUCAGCCUGUUUGGCCAUGGAGCAGCCACGGACUGUUGAGGCCGGAGCUUUUGUUAUAGAUGUGGACGCAGACAAAGAAGGUCCCUCAAAUGAGGUCGUGCUGCUAUCUGAGGUGGAUGCUCCCCAGUCAGAAACAACAAAGGCCCAGAAAGAGGAAACAGUUCCUGCUCCUCAAAAACGCAAGCGAGGCCGCCCACCCAAGGUGAAGAGGGAGGUGGAGGAAGAGGGGCUGAUACCAGCAGAAGAAGAUCCUUCUGCAGAUGAAGAGCCUGCUGACAAGCAUGAGGGGGCCUCAGAUGACCGAAGCAAAAGACGACUCCGGCAGCGCUCUAUGGCUGAGGGCGGCUACGCCCGACUUCAUAUGGGCCUGGAGGAUGAAGAGGAGGGGAAGAGUACGACUCCACCACCUCCCACUCCCCCAAAGGUGGGUCCAAGGAAGAGAGGAAGACCACCAAAGAGACCGAUCACAGCUGCAUCUGAGGGAGAGUCUGAAGCUGUCGUGGAGGACAGCACCGUGGAGAGCACGGCAGCAGGAGAGCUUCCAGCUGAGGAGGCUGCAGCAAAGGUGGUGGAGCCAGAGACUGACGCCAAGCAGCAGGACGCUCCAUCACAGAGCGCCAUGGAAGGAGAACACACCUGCUCUGAGUGCGGCAUGUCCUUCCAGAGGCGCUACUCUCUCAUCAUGCACACACUGAAACAUGAGAAAGCUCGAGGAUACAAGUGCAGCCUCUGCAGUAAGGAGUUCCAGUACGCCGCCUCGCUCCAAGCUCACCUGGCCCGACAUAAGCAGCAGAGUAGCCAGCGAGCGUCUGUCUCUAAAGCCUCGGCAGAGGUCGACCCUGGAGACCGAGCAGAAAACGACCUGGACGACAAGUUGCCGUCGUCCUACACCAGGAGGGAGUUUGUUUGCGACAUCUGUGGGAAGACUUUACCAAAGCUGUACUCGCUGAGGAUCCACAUGCUCACCCACACGGGUGUUCGGCCCCACUCCUGCAAGGUGUGCGGCAAGACGUUCGCCCACAAGCACAGUCUGAAGAUGCACCGCGUGCUGCACGACGUCACCAAGCAGUUUCAGUGCGAGUACUGCAAGAAGACAUUCGUGAGCAAGAGGAGCAUGGAGGAGCACACCAGCCUGCACACAGGUGAGUCAAAGUACCUCUGCAACACAUGUGGAGCCACCUUCCAUCGAGCCUCUGCUCUGAGCAAGCACCUGAAGAAGCACCAGCCCAAACCCGAAAUCCGUCCAUACUCUUGCUCUCACUGUGAGAAGAGUUUUUAUGAGGCAAAGGAUCUGCAGCAACACAUGAACAAGCACAUGGGCCUGAAGCCCUUCCAGUGCCAGGUGUGUGGGAAGUGCUACAGUUGGAAGAAGGACUGGUACUCACAUGUUAAGUCCCACAGUGUGUCAGAGCCCUACAAGUGUAACGUCUGCGGGAAGGAGUUCUUUGAGAAGGCUCUGUUCAGGAGGCACGUGAAGAAAGCCACGCACGGCAAGAAGGGCAGAGUGAAGCAGAAUCUAGAGAGGGAGUGUCAGCAGUGCGGCAGAAAGUUCACUCAGCUCCGAGAGUACAGGCGCCACAUCAACAACCAUCAGGGAGUGAAGCCUUUUGAAUGUCUGACCUGUGGGGUGGCCUGGGCCGAUGCCCGCUCUCUCAAACGUCAUGUCCGGACUCACACAGGAGAGCGGCCGUACGUGUGCCCCAUGUGCCAGGAGGCCCACAUCGACGCCCGCACUCUGCGUAAACACAUGGCCAAGUACCACGUAGACAACCUGCCCGGGAAGAUCAUGCUGGAGAAGGACACCCUCCAGUUCCACAACCAGGGCACCCAGGUGGAGCACGCCGUCAGCAUCCUGGCCUCCGACCUGCCCCCUGAGCUCAGGCCUGCUCAUCCAGCACCGACAGAGGAGCUAGAGACGGUGCUGAUCACGGAGGAGACGGUGGAGGCCGUGGAAGCUGUUCAGGCCGCUCAGGCUGUAAACGAAGGAUCAGUGGCAACACUUUCUGAUCAGGGCAUCAUGCAGGUUGUGAACUAUGUCCUGGCCCAACAGGCCCUGUCUGGGGUCAAGUCAGAGGACACCCCUGAGGAGAUUCAUACCAUGGAGGUGGAGGUGGCUCAUGUGGCUGAGGUAGAGUAAUGCUUUACCCUUAGGCCCUCAGAGCUGGGUUCUGGACUGUUUUACAGAUCUUUUUUCAGUCUGAAUGAAAUGUAAAAACCAGUAUGAUUCUGUAUAAAACAGUGUAAAAGAUGCCUAUUUUUUUUUAAAUGUACAUUAAUGUAAAUGAAUCUGUCUGUGCAACUUGGAGAUGUGUGUAAGCGCACUCUGUUUUCUGUAAAUGGCUUUAACUGAAGCAAGGAAACCUGAUCAGUCACUAUAGGGUGUAUAAAAUCUGAUGCUCAGGAUAAAUAAAGUAGAAAACAAAGA